AUGAAGUGGGUUUAUAAAGAAGAAAAUCCAUUUGAGAAGCGUCGAGCUGAGGGUGAAAAAAUCAGACGUAAAUAUCCUGAUCGGAUACCCGUUAUUGUUGAAAAGGCACCGAAAGCACGACUUCGUGAUUUGGAUAAGAAAAAGUAUUUGGUACCGUCGGAUUUAACGGUUGGGCAAUUUUACUUCCUCAUUAGAAAAAGGAUACAUUUACGUCCUGAGGACGCUCUAUUUUUUUUCGUCAAUAAUGCUAUCCCGCAAACGAUGACUACGAUGGGUCAGAUAUAUCAGGAAAACCACGAAGAAGAUCUUUUCCUGUACAUUGCUUACAGCGACGAGAGCGUUUAUGGUUCUUUAUGA